AUGCCAGAUCUUAAAGGGGUCUUCAGUGUCAGUUCUGCUAAGGAGUUGGUGCGAAACAAAUUUCCAAAGGUGGAACGGGCGUCGCUGAUUUGGAGAAAGGAGAUUCACCCAGUUCUUGCAGCUCAGAACUGGAAAUUUUUGCGUGGGAUUUGCGCUACUCAUGACCUGAUUAAGGAAAGAUUUAAAAUUCCUAUAGCCAGCAGAUGUUGUCUUUGUGGAAUUGAGGAGGAAACACUUGAUCAUGUGUUGUUUAGUUGUAGCUUUGCAACCCGAGCCUGGAAUUGGAUUUCUCAGAUUUUUGAUUUAAUUCCUAAUAGUAAUCUGAUUAUUUCUUGUAAGGUAGCAUCAGGAAGAAGUCAGAUGGUGUGGGAGUUAUGGCUGCUUGCAAACCUUGUUUUUAAAUCUGAGCUGUGGGCUUUGAGAAACAAGGGAGUGUUUGAGCAGAAAAAGCUUAACUGGAACGUGUUUUUAAAGAGCGUUUUGAAGCGCGUGAAGUGGCAGCAGCCGAAAGAAUACUUUUGGCAUCCUCGUGAGAGUAAUGAAAUCUUGUUAUAUUGUGAUGGUGCUGCGAGAGGAAAUCCGGGAAGAGCUGGAGCAGGUGUUGUAGCUCUUGAUGCUUCUUGCAAUGUUAUUGGUGCUAUGUCAAUUGGCUUGGGUAUUACUACAAAUUAUCUGGCAAAAUUAUAUGGGAUUAUUAUUGGUUUGGAAUGGGCUAAAAGAUGGGGAGUUAGACGUAUUUGUAUUCGUUCAGACUCUUCUAGUAUGGUGGAGGCUCUAAAUGAUUCGUGUCUACCUUGGUUCGCAAGACGGCGUUGGUUAGAAGUCUGCAGGCAUUAUAAUUCUAUAAGAUUUAUACAUACUUACAGGGAAGAAAAUUUCGCAGAGGAUGUUAUGGCAAAGAGAGGUUGCUAUCUUGAUAAUGAAGCAGGAAUGCACUAUGAUGGAAGACCUAGUUUUUUAAUAAAUGUUGAAUUUCCAAAUGUUACUUAUUAUCGUUUUUAA